GAAAAUUGAAAAUAAUUCGAACUUCGCAUGUGCAAUAAUAGGUCUAACGACCCGACCCAAAUCCAAUUUGGCAAAAGCAUAGUGUUUUUGCCGAUCACAACGCGCCGCCGUUAGCACAUCGGUCGAAUGCAAAUGGCAUUAAAAUCAGUGUUCGAUUCUUCAGUAAUUAGGGCUGAAUUCGACAACGCCGGGAUCAACAAUCGCUUUAUCCCUCUUAUUUGGAAGUAUAUAAUACAGAACCCAGAUUGUAAUUGGGAAGAUAUUCCAUCUUUGCCGUCUUCUGCUUAUGCUUUGCUACGUGCUAAGUUCAAAGCUUCAACUUCUGUUGUCCACUCUGUAUUGGAGUCUAAUGACGGCGUUACCACCAAGCUCCUUAUCAAGCUCCAGAAUGGAGCAUUUGUGGAGUGUGUGAUUAUGAGAUAUGACUCAAGCUUGGGGAAAUAUAAUGGAAAGCCUCGUCCUGGCGGACCAAGAUCAACCUUGUGUGUAUCCUCUCAGGUUGGAUGCAAAAUGGGCUGCACAUUCUGUGCUACAGGAAGCAUGGGGUUCAAAAAUAACCUGUCUUGCGGAGAGAUAAUUGAGCAAUUGGUGCAUGCCUCUCGUUUUUCAACCAUCCGUAAUGUUGUUUUCAUGGGAAUGGGAGAACCAUUGAACAACUACUCUGCCCUGGUGGAUGCCAUACGAGUCAUGAUAGCAUCUCCAUUUCAGAUCUCUCCUAGAAAAAUUACAGUCUCAACGGUUGGAAUAAUUCAUGCCAUUACCAAGCUCCACAAUGACGUCCCAAAUUUGAACCUGGCUGUUUCUUUGCAUGCACCAGUCCAAGAUAUCCGUUGUCAGAUAAUGCCUGCAGCAAGAGCUUUUCCUUUGGAAAAACUCAUGAAUGCACUGAGAGAAUAUCAAAAGAAAAGCCAGCAAAAGAUCUUUAUUGAAUACAUAAUGCUUGAUGGAGUAAAUGAUGGGGAGCAGCACGCCCAUCAGCUUGGGAAACUGCUAGAGACAUUUCAAGUGGUUGUGAAUCUCAUACCUUUUAAUCCAAUUGGAUCUUUAAGUCAAUUCAGUACCAGUACCAAUCAGAAAGUCACCAGGUUUCAGAAGAUAUUAAGGGAUUUAUAUGAUAUUCGCACAACUGUUCGCAAGGAAAUGGGCCAAGAUAUAAGUGGUGCCUGUGGUCAAUUGGUGGUUAAUCUACCAGCUAAGCGCUCUGUCAGCAGUGCAGCUCCCCUAACAGACAUUGAGGAUCUUCGUAGAUAGAGUUAAAGAAAUUCUAUGUUAAAAGGAGAGACGAUUAGCAGCUCUAACUACAGGAACUAUAUCACUUUCAGUCUUACCUGGAUCAAGUUGUCGUUUCUCCCUGCCUAACCAAGCAUUGUGGUUGAACCAAGAUCUCGUUUUCAUGAGGCUUCUUUGGAAAGGUUUUAAGGGCGAAGUGAACAAUACACGAGUCUUAAGGGAGAUAUGAACGACGCCAUCACAUGCUCAAGGGAGAUGUAUGACAAUCUUUGUAAUAUAUAUAUAUAUAUAUUUUUUUAAAAAAAAUAGGAAAUGUAAUUGUUUUAAUAUUAGAAAUCGCACUUUAGAAGCGUGGACGUGUACAAGAGUAUGCUCAAAGUGGUGCGUCCCGAAAAAUAUUUUGUACAAGCAUGAAUGAAUCGUAAGCUAGCCUCUUGAUUUUGUUGGUCUGCGCAUAUGAUUUGAUAUGUAUGCUACCCUUCUCUUUGGAGCUGCAAUUUUAGCUCAUCACAUGCAUGUAUUCUCGGUUUAAACUUUGGAGGAAUCUUGGUUUAUUAUGUCAAAAUAUUGAACAGUAGUUGAAGAGAGGGUUCAA